AUUUCCCGGCGCGCAGAGAGUGAUCAAUAGAUAAAUCACUUGUACUAGUCCUCAGUCGUCGCGCAGUUCUCAGUCUUUAAACGCGGUCCUUCGCCAAUUCGUUAAUCCAACUCGUCUUUUACAAUUGCGAAGACAUGUCGACAACAGCGCUUGGGAUCAGCGCCCUCUUCAUGGUGGGUUGCUGUGCUCUGGCCCAAAUCGCACGGGUGAUCUGCCGGCGACUGGUGACCCGUGAGGGUUUGGUACCCAUCCUGAUCAACGAGGCCAUCGCCGCCGCCGAGCUGUGCGCCUGCUGCUUCGAGCUCAUUAUUGUGGCCGACAACUUCGGCGUGUCCAUGUACGCAGUCUGCCUGUUCCUGCUGACCAUUUGGUGGGGCCGCGUGUGGGGCGACGCCUCCGCCUGUCCCUACACCCACAUGGAGGACGUGGUGGAGGGUCGCACCAGCUUCAAGGAGAUGGCUCUGCGCAGCUGGGCCGAACUGAUGGGCGGCUGCUGUGUGUACCGCGUGGUGCAGGUCUUUUGGUGGCUGGAGUUGGCCGAGACCCAUCGUGGACGGGCGUUCGAGGCGUGCAACGCCGAUCUGCAGGUCAGCCCAUAUCUGGGGGCGGUCAUCGAGGGCGUAGCCACGCUGCUGUGCCGCCUGGCCUCGAAGACGAUCAGCGAGAAGGAGCCACGGUUCGGGAGCUACAUCGAUUCCUUCAUCGGCACCAGCCUGGUCGUGGCAGCCUUCAACUUCUCCGGCGGCUACUUCAAUCCCGUCCUGGCCACCGCCCUCAAGUGGGGCUGUCGCGGACACACCCACCUGGAGCACAUCAUUGUCUACUGGAUCGGCGCCUGUGCCGGCGCUGUGCUCUCCAUUCCGGUCUUCAAGGUGCCCGCGGUGAGACGCCUUCUGCUUGGCGAGGGGGCGGCGUCGAAGUCCAAGCAGGAAUAAGCCCGAAGUUAGCCUUUGUAUAUCAAGUAUCCGCCAAUAUCUAGGUGGAAAUGGCAUGUCUGUCCAGCGGUAAGGUUUCAGUCUCUUAGUACUUAAAGGAAUCGAUAUAGAAGCUAUUGUUUGGGCUACUGACCACACAGUUUAAGAUACCCUCCACCCACUUCCCUCUCACCAAAGGUGA